AUGCCCAAGUGCGUUGAGUCAGCGAACCGUGGAGUCUCACGAGCGCGCUCACGGCAAGCUCGGCGUUAUCUCGGCGACGUGGGCACACUGAAGAGCUACAACGUGCGAAACGGCUACGGCUUCUUAGAGUGCCGGCAAGCUAAGCAGGACUGGGGUGUGGACGUUUUCAUCCACAAGAACAACGUGCCGACCCCGUGGUUACUGGGGCAGCCCGUGGAGUUCGCGGUGCAAGUGAACACGAGGGGCCAGCCCCAGGCAUACGAUUGCCUCUGGCUGCCGCGGCUGCCCCCGCAGGGUAACAAGGUGACUCCGGGCACUGUGCCAGCUCUGCCAGGAGCAGGCCCCUACUCUGCAGGCAGCUCCUCCUCAACAGCCCUCGCACUAGUCGACGAGAGGAAGCCGCCCCAGCCGAAGGUGCCGAAGAUGUCUGACGAGCCCCGUCGCCUCGGCACUUUGAAGAGCUUCUCUCAGACACAUGGUUAUGGCUUCGUCGAGUGCGGUGAGACCAAGGCCUGCUAUUCGCGGGACGUUUACCUGGACAAGACGCAGAUGCGCGAGAAUUCUGCGUGGCAAUGGGGUCAGCUCCUCGAGUUCUCCGUGUCUGUGAACGAUCGCGGGAACCCGCAGGCUCAGAAUGUCAACUGGGAGCCCGUCCCGAUCAUGAGUGGCAGUCCAUCGAGUGUGCCUGCCUGGAAGAGGACGUACAACGAGAAGACGGUGGAUCAGCUGAAGCGCUUGCUGAAGCUGCUGUAUGAGAAGAACCCAGAGACGGCCAUCGUCUCCGCCAUCGAUUUGCAGGGUGGUUCCAGUGGCCCGGGCUCAGCGGCCCAGCCGGCUCCGGAGGCACCGCCAGAUGCCGACGUGGACUACGUCUUCUUCGUGCUGGAUCGUCUGGAGAACAAGGAGGAGGUCCUCGGAGCAAUCAAGGACUUCGUGAAGAUGCUCUUCAUCCUCAUGCUCUCCCGAAUGCUGAGGUCGAUGGUCCAUUUCUUCAGGCUCUUUGGGACAGACUGCCAGCCACAGGCUUUGGCGCAAGCGAUUCAAACGAACAGCGAGCCCGUGAAGCAGCAUUUCCAGGUGGCAGAGGGAGAGGCGUGCUGUAGCUUCGACUUGGAUGUCGUCAAGCAGAUCAACACCCACAUUCAGAAUGCCGCGAAAGACAACGACAACCUGCAGAACGAGGCCACACUGAGUUUGGGAGAGGUCGUCUCAGAUUGGCACGGACUGCAACUGGCCACCAUGGCUCGUCGCGUGAUGUCGCUGAUGCUGCUGGCCGCGGCUGUGGUCGCGUUUUGCCGCAGCACGGCUUUCGUGUCUGCGCCCAAGACCACGCCUCGCGCCGACGUCCUCGCUGCUCUGGCACCCAUGGUGCUGGGGGCUCAGGUCGUCCAGCCCGCCUUCGCUGAAGCCGAUCUCCCGUACAACGGCAACUUCGACAACCCCACCUACUACGAGGAGUCGACCUCUUCCGACCUGUCUUACCUGCUCUUCUUCACAGCGGCAUUGCUUGUGUACCUGGGCAAGACCGCCUUCGACAAGAGCGGCGCCAAGAGCUUGGGCGACGCAGUGAGCAAGUGA